GAAUCAAUAGAUGAACAGUCCACUUAUUAUUAUAAAGGCAUAGAUAAAACAGCAAGUGCUGAUUUGCAUACAAGAGGAUUGAUUUCUAUGGACACUCUCUUUGCAAAGAAGGCGCUGCAAGGUAAGAAAGGACUAAAUAAAUUAAAACAAAAUAUCAACACUGACGAUUCUAUGGAGCUAACAAAGGAACACGACGAAGGCAGUCUUCACGAUGACGCAGACAGUCUUCUCAAUGGCGCAGAUAGUCUUCACGAUGACGCAGACAGUCUUCACGAUGACGCAGACAGUCUUCACGACGAUGGAGACGCUUUUGAUGUUGGGGACAUGUUUUCCGAUAGCGACGGUGCGCCCAAUUUCGUUCCGAGAGCGAAAUUACAUUUUCAAAAUCACAUAACUUGCAAUCGCUGUGUUCUCACCACCUGCCAUUGUGAGAACCUGGCGCUGAAUCUUGUACCCCAGCAUCUGUCCUCCGCCAUCACAGCUUUAGAUCUCUCCCACAACGACAUCGGCACUCUGCCCAAUAAAACAUUCUGCGUUUAUCCAAAACUUCAGUUUUUGAUUCUUGAAGAGAACAAGCUCUCUCGUUUAGAAGUUGAUUCUUUUUGGUGCCUUUCUAAACUGGUGUACUUGAAUUUAAAAAGUAACCAGCUAAAAAUGGUCCACGGUGCGUACCCCAAGGGCGUGUUUUCUCCACUAGUGUCCCUACUUGUUCUUCACAUACAACAUAACAACCCCAACGCAACGUAUCCAGGUUACGACUACCCUGGCGACGCACUGGCCGAAUUGAAAAGUCUGCGAGGUCUCAACAUGGACGGGCUCAACAACAAGACGUUCGGGCCAGGUUUCGGAAACAUGACGUCACUUCGAUCACUGAGUUUAUCCGGACUUGAAGGAUUUUGCAAGCUGGUUGAUCUGAGCGACGAGACGUUUGAAUUCCUGAGCCAUCUGAGAGUCCUCAACAUCAGCAGCUGUUGGAUCACAGACAAACACCUGCCGAGGGGUAUUUUUGCUCCGCUGAAGCAGCUGUCCAUACUGGAUGUUCAAAACAAUUUUUUAAUCGGCUUCAAAAGCUUCCGGCGAGCCAUGGCUUCCUUGAAAAAUUCCAGUCUCACAGUUCUCAUAGCCAACAACAUUGUAUCACAGUACUCGCACUCUCUCCCCGUCGAUGAACUGAUUGUAGAUAUAUUACCCAAGACACUCGUCUAUCUGGAAGCGAGGGGAAACUGCUUUGAAUAUCUCAAACCUGAGGUGUUCAGCAUUCUACCAAAGGGACUGAGAUACAUUGACGUUGGGAGCAACAGAUUCGUGUUUGGAGAAUACCUGCAGAAUUUGAGUCAACUUGAACAUUUAGAAAUUCUUAAACUGAACGGUGGAGGCGUACCCACCGAAGUCCCCCGAACUUACCCGCAUCAAGCUCGCGGGAUGAGUCUGUUAAAUAUUGAUUCACCCUCGCAGAAACUCAUGUCUGAAGAUGGCGAUCUCAACCUACAAUUACCGCCGAAACUUAAGAUAAUUGAUUUGUCCGUAGCCACCUUGAAAUAUGUUCUGUCCAGGCUGGUGGUCAAUUCAAGCAACGACGUCGAGCAGCUCAUCUUGAGCAACAAUUACUUUCCAAUCAUUUCUGGUCCUUUCAUCGGUUUCAACAAACUGCAGAUCUUAGAUCUCAGUCAAUCUUCGAUCGGCGACAUUUCUCUAACAUUUUUUGAGAACUUUCCUGUUUUAGAAACUUUGAUUCUAGAUUACAAUAAACUCGGAGACUUUUUUGCGAGUAGAGGCAAGCGCAUGCAUGUUUUUGAGAAACUUAAAAACCUGAAACAUUUGUUUCUUAACGACAACGGCCUAACCAUCUUAGCUAGAAAAAUUUUCAACGGACUGGACAGCUUGGAAACACUUUAUCUGGGCUGGAACAGUAACUGGCUUUUCGAUGUCACCAUCUCUCACAUGAGGAAUUUGAGGAGGCUUAACCUGGCCCACACGGAGGUCACCGGUCUCCCGAGACACAUCCGGGAUCACAUCGACAGCCUCAAAAACGGCAUCGAGGUGGACCUGUCCCACUGCCCUCUGCACUGCGAUUGUGAGAAUCUGGACUUCCUGAAAUGGAUGGUUCGCUCCACGGCUUUCGACGGGAGCUUCCGCGACUAUUUGUGUUUUUACGACGACGCCACAUUUCAGAACAUCACCGACCAGUUUGCAGGGACUCUGCGCUUCCUAGAGCGUCGGUGUGCAGAGAACUCCACGCUGUUCCUAAUCGUUCUCUCAACGACCCUGUGUUUGCUGUGCUUCGUCAUGGGCGGCGUAGCCUACAGGUAUGUGGAUUUAAUCUUGGUCAGUCAUUAACGUAUUGUUAAACAUUUAAAAAAAAAAACUUAUUUAGACCUCAUAAUAUACAACAAGACGGGUGCAUAACGGCAUUUUUAAAAUAGUUAUUGUCAUUUUUUACAUUUUAGCAGGGCUAUAUAUCAUAACACUUAGUUACAAUGUUCGGUUCCAAUGAAGUUAAUAAUCUGUAUGCCUAAAAAUACAUAUUGCUUUUUUUUCCCCUUAAAUUUUUCCCCUUAGGAUUUUCACUUAAGAGUAUCUUGGAUUCGGCAGUUGGGCUCCUUGAUGGAAAGUCUCUAGACACAUUAAAAAACUUUUUUUUAAAUGUGGUUUUUUCUGUGCAGAGCUGUUUUUAGAUUUUUACAUUCACUCAAAUCGAUUUGAAUAAGAAACAAAGCUUCCUGUAGAAAAUUAUGAAGAUUAUUUUGAGCAUAUAAUACACGUUUUGGACUAAUUUUAAGUCUGGUGUUUAUUUAAUAUAUAUAUAUAUAUAUAUAUAUAUAUAUAAUAAUAAUAACAUUUAUUUAAAAAAAAACACAUAAUCCCCAAAAACAAAAAGCACUAUACAAAGACAAACAUAAAAAAAAAAAGAAAAAUAAAAAUUAAUUUUAAGUUUGGUGUUUAUUUAAUAUAUAUAUAUAUAUAUAUAUAUAUAUAAUAAUAAUAAUAAUAACGUUUAUUUGAAAAAACACGCUUCAUCCCCGAAAGCUAAAAGCGCUGUACAAAGUCAACCAUAUAAAAAAAAAGAGAAAUAAAAACAAUCUAUAAUUUACCACAUUUAAAAACAAACGCAAGAAUAUAAAAACUACAAACCAGCAAACCAAAUCACAGUCUUUCAUCCCUUUCAACCAUAAGCAACACAAGCCAAUAUUCAUUAACUGGUCAAAGAUGGUAGACAACACCACCUCACAAGGUGUUUGCGAAAUUGAUGUGUUUUUAAAUCGGUUUUUGUAACAGACCAAGUUGGCUGUGAUUUUACACACGACACUAUCAUGUCAGAAUGGCGUAGUAAUUAUAAUUGUAUGAUAACAUUGAGAAUCACGAGAAAAAGAGCGAACUAAUUUCUAGAGUGGAGGUAGACAGCACGCUUUAGUAGAGCGGGACAGUGUACCAUUUUAUCUGACACGGAGCAGGCAUCUUUUUUAUUUCUAUCAUGUGAAUUUUUGAAGUAUUGAGGUAUGGUGAUUCAAUCGUGAUGUGGAAUAUUGUAUAAGUGUGUGAUUAUUGCAUCCUAGAAUCAUUAUUGCACGAUUUCCUACUUGCAAGGCUUAUUAUUGAUGUGUUUAUAAAAUGUAAUAAAGUACUGUGUAAAUUUAUCCGGCAGGCCCUCCAUCACAAUAGUAAUAGUUAGCCAUGUUAUAUCUUCAAUAGAUUAGCAUGUGUUACAGUUUUAAAGGACUCCAGUGUCUUGUUGUUUCCGAGAGCGACAGUAAGGGCGUUCCUAAUUGUUGGGCCAGCAAAUGCGAAAGUGCGCUUUCCGUAAGUGUCAAGGUGAACUCGCGGUAUCGAUAAUUUUGCCGCUAUCGGAUGAGCGGGGCUGUCGUUUGGGUACAUAAGGCGUCAUUAGAGCUUUGAGAUAGAUAUAUUAAAUACCUCGUUUCAGAUUUCGGUGGAAACUACGGUAUCUAUACUACAUGGCGUAUCGAAACAGCAGGAAGAAUGAAAAUCCCCUGCAACCUGGAACAUCGAAGUACGACGUCUUUAUCUCAUAUGCCAGCCAGGACGAGGCCUUUGUCAUAAACGAAGUAAUGAAAGGUAAAAUAAACAAAAUAUAUCAGACAACUCACCAUCCCCUUCAUUUUUUAAAAAUUUCAUUCAAGGUAUUCUGUAAGUAACUGCGUGUCAUUUUUUUUUUUAAUUUAAAAAUUUUCGGUACAUGUCCUAUAUGACUCACCACGCAGUCGCUAGGACUAUUCUAGGCAGAAAUCCUUCGAGAAUUAUCUAUAGAUAUCUCUAUGAAAGUCUGAUAAUGUGCGGUGGCUGUCUGUUAUCACUAUACACGUUGAGGUUUGUAUUUCCUUAUAUGACAGACCCAGAUACUAUGGGAGACACGCCCCUGCGACCCCUUUUUUUUUAACAAAACAAAGACAGUGGUUCUCCGUGGAGACUAAUUUAGUAUAGAGUUCGACUAAAGCUGCUUCAUGAGAAAAAAUGUGUCUACGGAAUCGCCAUUAUGCAUAUUUUGGUUACAUUAAAGAAGACAUGAAAAAAAAAAAAUUGUUUCCGCAGUUUCAUAUACUAAGUAAGAAAGAGCAUUGCGCGCGCAGAGCUAUAACAUAUUUAAAGUUUCAAUAGGAUCUUCAUUAGAUUGGGUAAGUACACCAACCCCCCCCCCAUCCCCUCCACCCUAUAUUGACACGGUGGUUUAGCUAAUGUUAUUUUAAUGUUGUGUUCUAUGACAGAGUUGUCUGCCCGUGGUCUCAAGCUGCACGUGCAUGGGCGAGACUUCGCGGUGGGCGAGUACAUCGCGUCCAACAUCAUCACGGCCAUCCACGAGAGCAGGAGAACGCUGGUGGUCCUCACACGAAGACUGCUGGCCAGCAAAUGGUGCACUUAUGAACUUCAGGUAGUGCUACCUGUCAACUUGGUCAUGGCUGGUAACUUUUAAACAAAUUGUCAAACUUUCAGCAUAUUUGGUUGACAUAAUGUUACUCUCACUUACAAUAAAUUAUCAUUUUUUGUUUCCAAAAUCUUCGUAAGUAUUUAAUUUUCUCUCUUUCACAUGACAUAAUAAUUAUUGUAAACCAAUUUACCCAUCUAAAAAUAUAAGAUGUCCUCUACAUUUGAAUUACUUUUAGAUUGGGCUUAGAGAGUAAAUCUUUCUUUUUUUUAAACACAGUACGGCUUUCUUUUUACUGGUUUGACUUCAGAUCGAAACCUGGAAAUGACUCAGAACUUAUGAUUCAUCUUCUGAACAACUCUAAACUAACUGUUUCGUGAUUGUGAUGGAAAUCAUUCAGGAAAACAUAAUUGAACAUUUAUCACACAUCCAGCGUUUAGCCUUGUUCGUUGAGCCAAACAUAUUCUUUAAGUAUUUUUUUGUUGUUUUUUUUUAAAAUAAAAAAUAGGAAUCAAAAUUGUGAAAGCUAUUUUUUUUAUUUGUGUACACAUUCUUGACAUUGUGAAGGAUGGAUGCCAUCAUCAUCAGUGGCACUACCUGAAGGGCGCCGGCCUGCUCCACCACAUCCUUCCAUUCCGAACAAUCCAUGGCUUUCUGCCUUCAUGUGCGAAUCCCCAACUGGUGUAAGUCCUUCUCUACAUCGUCGAUCCAUCUCAGUCUUGGGCGACCGGCGAGCCGUCUGCCUCUGUGCUUCUGCCUGUAGAUCACUUUUGCUGCUCUAUGUUCGGGCAUCCUUUCAAUAUGUCCUUCACAGCGCAGUCUGCCUUUUUUUUUAUUGUUGCGACUAUGGGUGGGGUUUUGUACAAUUAGUAUGGCACUUGGUUUCUACGGAUUUAUUUUGUGUUCACUUAUAACAAGGAUUGCCCAACAGAAACUUUGCUGAUGACAAGUGACGAGUCGCCAAUAACUCGACGACGUACGUUAAAUAGCUUUCUUAUUGCCCAUUUGAUUAUAAUAUAUAUAUUAUAAUUGUGACUUGAUCAUCUCACAAUGCAAAACAAGACAAUUUUUGGAGCAUGUGUUGACAUGCCUCUCAUAUAUAUAUAUGUAAUAUACAUUUUUUUAUAUUUUUUUUUUAAUAAAAAUUUAACGCCAAAGUUUUAACUUAUUCGACACAUUUCUGAUUUAUAAUAAAAUUAUUAGAAACGUUUUCAUAAACUGCAACCUAUUAACAUAACCCCCCCAUUUCCCACCCAGAUGGCCAACAUGGAGUCGGUCCACACGGGGCGACAGGUGCUCGUGUUCCUCCUAAAGGAGGCCAUCCCUUCACGUGACCUGGGCACCGACCUCCUGUACCACAUCAGGAACAACACCUACAUCCUCUACCCGCAGGCCGAUGGGGUGACGGACGCGAGGCUGAUCGGGGCGUUUUGGGACAAGCUGGCCACAGAUCUUGCCCGGCUCUAGAACUCAUCUCAUCUAAAGAUAAAGGGUGCUGGGUGGCCGAGAGGUCUGAACUGAGCAACUCUCAAAGUUGGUGGUUUGGAGUUCAAUUCCAGCCGAAGCCCAGUCAGGCGAAAACAUCACCAGCACCCCGGAUGGAUGGGACUCGUUAAUCUUGGAUGGAAACUCAUCUGAGAGAAGGAAACUCUGAAUUCAAGCCCGGGGAUGGAGUCCCGUAGAAACCUCCAGCCCCCACUCCCUUGUUGUUAUUUUUCACGCAGAGCUCACAAAAAUCAAGAAUAAAUCUAUGGGGUUCAAGUUAGGGGUUAACAUAAUAAUUGUGAUUGAUAUUUUUUCAAUGAUAAGAAAUAAAAAAAAAAAAUUAAAUAUAUAUACAGAG